AUAAAAAGGAAUUAAAUGUGUGGAUGUAUGUAUGUUGUGCUUAUCAGCUGAUAUUUGUUUACAAAAGAAAUAUUCUGCAAGAACAAAGGAUUUAUUCAGAUGCAAGCAAGUCGAAUAUCUCCGAAGUUAAAUUUAUAAAAAAUUAGUUGAGAAUCAUUGACUAGUAAAACAAUAUUGUAAGCAUGAUUAUAGUGAGAACGUACAUUAGGUUUCUGAACCUUUUAUUUGCAAUUUUUGGAAGUAUCGAUCAUUCUCUCGGAAUAACCGAUGUGAAAGUACAGUAUUUACCAGCAAACAAAAGCAGUAAUAUAGACAACAAAGGUAAAUCUUUCAAUUAUAUGUGGUUGCAUGAUACUGCUUCAACUCGUGGUCUCCUUUAUCCACGGGAAUCUGAGUCGCGUGAAGUACGAACCCUGGAUGGCAUAUGGCGAUUUUUGCCAUCAGACGUUAAUGAUCCCAUGAAGGGUGUGCGCGAUUGUUGGUUCAAAGCUGAUUUAGACAAGGUGAGACCCACCCGCCCUAUGCCAGUACCUUCAAGUUAUAAUGAUAUUAGUGUCGAUAGUAAAUUACGCGAUCAUAUUGGAACAGUGUGGUACGAAACAAAAUUUUUUAUACCACAUUCCUGGAACAUGGAUCAACGCAUUUGGCUACGUUUUGGAAGCGUUCAUUAUGCAGCUAUUGUUUGGAUUAAUGGGGAAAAAGUAAUGUCACAUUCUAUUGGGCAUUUACCGUUCGAGUCGGAAAUAACUAAUUACGUGAAUUUUGGUGCUGAAAACAGGUUAACUUUAAUUUGCGACAAUACGCUUGUAAAUUCAACAAUUCCACAGGGAACGAUAGUUGAGGAAGAAAGUGAUAAUGGUAAGGUUAUGAUUCAACGGUAUACAUUUGAUUUCUUCAAUUAUGCUGGUAUACACCGAACUGUUCAUCUUUAUACCACCCCUGCUGUUUACAUUGAAGAUAUUAAGGUGUCAACAGAUUUGAUUGAGAAUCAUAUAGGGCUUGUUCAUUAUGAAGUAAUCGUAAAUGGGAAUGAAAGAAAAGCUGUUGUUUAUGACCCUCCAAUAGAACCUCUUUAUAUCCAUGUGCAAAUGCGCAAUAAAGAAGGUGAAAUAGUGGCUCAUAGUGUUUCUAAAACAACGUUAAAUGGCACGAUUGUAAUAAAAGACGUUAUGCCCUGGUGGCCAUAUUUGAUGAACCCCGAACCCGGGUAUUUAUAUACUAUGGAAUUGUAUUUGCAUGCUGUUGAUGAAUCUCUGCUUGAUGUAUAUCGUCUGAAAGUCGGCAUUCGCACAUUAAAAUGGAAUAAUUCAACAUUUCUUUUAAACGAUGCUCCGAUUUAUUUACGAGGCUUCGGGAGACACGAGGACUCUGACAUACGAGGAAAAGGAUUUGACUAUGCCUUACUGACGAGGGAUUUUAAUUUGAUAAAAUGGAUUGGAGCAAAUGCUUAUCGUACCUCACAUUAUCCUUAUUCGGAGGAAUCAAUGCAAUUCGCUGAUGAGUUUGGCAUUAUGGUCAUAGAUGAAUGUGCUGGCGUUAAUACAGACAUUUUUGAACCAUUGUUAUUACAAAAUCAUAAAUUCUCGAUUGAACAACUAAUACAUCGAGAUCGUAAUCAUGCCAGCGUUAUUAUGUGGUCUAUUGCAAAUGAACCUCGUUCCGGUAAUGCCCAGGCGGAUAAAUAUUUUAAAAUUCUAUCAAAUUAUACCAAGUCAUUGGAUCCUACGAGACCCAUCACGGCCGCUUUAAAUAUUGAGGCAAAAAAAGACAAAUUGGGACAAUAUUUGGAUAUAAUAAGUUUUAAUAGAUAUAACGCAUGGUACCAAAACGCUGGACAAUUGGAUAUGAUUACUAAACAUGUAGUGGAGGAAGCAACACUGUGGCAUGUAAUGCACAAUAAAACUGUUAUAAUGACAGAGUAUGGGGCAGAUACUUAUGAAGGAUUGCAUUUUCUUCCAGCAUAUAUUUGGUCGGAGGAUUACCAGCUUUCACUACUCAGCAAGCACUUCAAAGCGUUCGACAACCUAAGAUCUCAAAAGUGGUUUAUUGGAGAAUUUGUAUGGAAUUUUGCUGAUUUCAAAACUGCACAAACAUACACACGCGUUGGAGGUAAUAAGAAAGGAAUAUUUACACGUCAACGCCAGCCAAAAUCGGCCGCGCAUUUACUUCGUCAACGAUACUUUGGUUUGGCUAUUGAAUUAGACCAAUGCGAGCCGCCUCUGGAACUAUUCGAUUACGUUAUACACUGGCAAGAAAGACCACAAUUCAUUCGGAAUUAUGAUGACUUAUAACGAAUAAAUCUAAAAAAUAGUUAAAUUAA